CUGAGAAUCCCCUCUUCGAUUCGAUUCGGAAACCCCAAUACGCCAUGACCGCCGAGACGCUCACGCUGCCUCCUAACGGCGCCGUCGUCGCCAACGGCGAUCUGAAGCCGCUCUCCAGCGGAGCCAACGGCGCCGCUGCCAAGAAAUCUAGGGAGAGCGAACGGCGCCGUCGGAGGCGAAAGCAGAAGAAGAACCGCAAAGCUUCUCAGGCCACCGCCAGUGAUGCCAGCGACGGCGAUGAUGUGAAGGAGAACAACGAUCCUCAACAGGUUGUUGAGCAAGUUGAAAUUGAAUAUGUUCCGGAGAAAGCCGAGCUGAAUGAAGACAUGGAUGAGGAGUUCAGAAAAAUUUUCGAGAAAUUCACGUUCAAGAAUGCUGAGGGUGUUGAGGAGGAAAAGAAAGAUGAGUCUCAAGAAGGUGCCGCAAAGAAAAAGGCUGAUUCAGAUUCUGAAGAGGAAGAACAAGAGAAUGAACAAAAAGAGAAAGGUGUUUCAAACAAGAAGAAAAAGCUUCAACGUCGAAUGAAGAUUGCAGAAUUGAAACAGAUCUGUGCAAGGCCGGAUGUUGUAGAGGUGUGGGAUGCAACUGCAGCUGACCCCAAACUGCUGGUGUUUUUGAAAUCAUACCGGAAUACUGUACCGGUGCCAAGGCAUUGGUGCCAGAAAAGGAAGUUUUUACAGGGUAAACGUGGUAUCGAGAAGCAACCAUUUCAGCUUCCUGAUUUCAUCGCUAAAACUGGAAUUGAGAAAAUUAGACAGGCGUACAUUGAAAAAGAAGACAGUAAGAAGUUGAAGCAAAAGCAACGAGAACGUAUGCAGCCAAAGAUGGGUAAAAUGGAUAUAGAUUAUCAGGUUCUGCAUGAUGCCUUUUUCAAGUACCAGACUAAGCCAAAGCUCACCACACUUGGUGAUCUGUACCAUGAAGGAAAAGAAUUUGAGGUAAAAUUGAGGGAGAUGAAACCAGGCAUGUUGUCACAUGAACUGAAAGAAGCUCUUGGUAUGCCAGAUGGUGCUCCUCCGCCAUGGCUCAUUAAUAUGCAGAGAUAUGGUCCUCCUCCAUCAUAUCCACAUUUGAAAAUCCCAGGACUCAAUGCUCCAAUCCCAGCCGGUGCUAGCUUUGGUUAUCAUCCAGGUGGCUGGGGAAAGCCUCCUGUUGAUGAAUAUGGCCAACCGCUGUAUGGAGACGUUUUUGGUGUUCAGCAACAAGAUCAGCCAAAUUAUGAGGAAGAGCCAGUUGAUAAGACAAAGCAUUGGGGUGAUUUGGAGGAAGAGGAAGAGGAAGAAGAGGACGAGGAGGAGGAGGAGGAAGAGGAACAACUGAUGGAGGAUGAAGAUAUAGACGAUGGUUUUAAAUCGGUAGACACCACCACAACUACUCCCACUGGCGUUGAGACACCUGAUGUCAUGGAGCUUCGCAAGAUCCAGAGAAAGGAGCCGGAAAGACCUUUAUACCAAGUACUGGAAGAGAAAGAAGAAAAAAUUGGUUCAGGGACAUUGCUUGGGACGUCUCACACAUAUGUUGUUGGUAGUGGAACACAAGACAAAGCAGGAGCUAAAAGGGUGGAUCUACUCAGAGCUCAGAAAGCAGACAGAGUGGACGUGACUCUCCAACCUGAAGAGUUGGAAGCUAUGGAGAACGUCUUGCCUGAAAAGUAUGAACAAGCAAGGGAGGAGGAGAAGCUGCGUAAUCAGCGAGAGGAUUUCAGCGACUUGGUUGUGGAGCAUGAGAAGAAGAGGAAGCGUAAGCAGGAUAAGGAAGGGAAAUCCAGCAAAAAGAAAGGAGGAGAUUUUAAGUUUUAGGGUUGUUCAGGUUGCCAUGACAUGAGAGACUUGAGGUCAAAUCUAGUUUUGCAAGAAACCAAGCGAGAUGUUGAGAUACUGGCUCAGUGUUUGAAUCCUAGUUGUAUUGGAUACUUGGAUAGUAUUAACAAUGUGAUAUUAACCUUUGGUGUAUAAUCUUUGUUUAUCAGUCAUUCACUAAUAUUCACUUUUCUGCACCUAUGUUUCUGCACACUUGUAUCGAUUCAGAGCAAGUUCAGUUUGCAUGUUUA